UCACACUGUUAAUAUCUUAAUUGCACAACAGCUUCAUAACAAUCUGAAAAGAGAUUCAAAGAAACAGAUACAUACAGUGAUGAAAACAAUAUCUAUCCUGUUGACAACUCACCUAUUUCUUAGCAUUACACUUGCAGCAUCCAUUGAUGGACAGUCAGUUAAUGGUGGAAUGUACACAUAUAAUAAUUCAGUCAGUCUACCAAUACCUUUAUCUAUAGAAAAUAAUUCAAGUCAAAAUAAUAUGAAUAACAUACCGAAUAAAAAAGACGUGGAGAGUAUAGCAGCAUCAAAGCCAAGCAGUGAUGAUGAUGAUGAUGCAGUCAGUCAAUUUCAAAUGCCUUUUUUGAUACUUGAUAAGUCAUUGGAACAAUUACAGCAUACUAUACAACGAGAAAUUUCACAUAACCAACCAUCUCAAAUAGAAACUUCAGAAAUGGAAGGUAAGAGUAAUAAGAAUUUAGAUGAACAUAACAAUUCAACACAACACCAAUUUAUAUUACAAAUACAAGGACCAAACCAAAAACAACUUGCAGUUCAAACACAACAUGCAAGUAAUCAAAAUAUAAAACCAAAGCGUGUACAAACACAAAUACAAUAUGCUCAGCAGAUAUAUCAACCAAUAAGUGGAACUAAUGAAAGCAAAGAGUCGUCAAAUAUAUAUCAAGAGCAAUUUCAAAAACCAAUCAGCACAUCAGAAACACACCAAAAAAUCGAAAAUGAAAAAAAUGAAAUCCACAAAAAUGAACAAACCCAAACAAACAUUGAAAACAAGACGAUAAAGACAGUUGGACAUCAACUAUCUCACAACUCACAACAACCGGGACCACUUCCCAUGAUUCCAGUUCUCGGUCCCGAUGUAGACGGGAUGAAUCCACCUCCUCACCAGAUGAACGCAUCGCCAGUCGGACAACCACCAUCUCACAACUCACAACAACCGGGACCACUUCCCAUGAUUCCAGUUCUCGGUCCCGAUGUAGACGGGAUGAAUCCACCUCCUCACCAGAUGAACGCAUCGCCAGUCGGACAACCACCAUCUCACAACUCACAACAACCGGGACCACUUCCCAUGAUUCCAGUUCUCGGUCCCGAUGUAGACGGGAUGAAUCCACCUCCUCACCAGAUGAACGCAUCGCCAGUCGGACAACCACCAUCUCACAACUCACAACAACCGGGACCACUUCCCAUGAUACAAGGGGAGAGUUGUGAAUGA